AAAGCAAAUAACAGAAGAAAAAACAAAGAUCAAAAUAAAAAAUCGCUCAGAUUCGAUACGAUCUCCUUGGCUUUAAACAAUUUGCGUGUGCGGUGUUUUUGUUGCGUGAAAGUCGCUCAAGCAUUCAGUUAGUUAAUUUUACAGCAAAGAGUUCAAUGCAAUAAUUAAGGAUACACUCGAAAAAUAAUAAAAAUAACAGCAGCAAAUUACCACUGUGAAACCACUUACACUUAUACACAUACAUAUAUCCAAUCGGACAUCGGUCAGCGGACCAGUUGCAACCAAAAUCGUAUUAUCAUGCUGUUUCUCACAAAGAGUUCAAGUGCGCGUCGCUCGCUGUUGGCCUUGUUGUUGGCCCUGUGUUUCUUGAGCUGCGCACUGGGCGCCAAGAUAAUCAAAAAAGCCGAAAAGCCGCCGGCUAAUGCCAAUAGCCAUAAUGAAGACAAAGCUGAGAUGGCAGCAGUAGAAGCAGCAGCAGCAGCACCAGCUGAGAAUAACAGUAAUAAAGCUGAUAAGGCGGAAGAGGAUGAAGAUGCUGAAACUGAUGCUGAAACAGAUGCCGAUGAAGAUGAGGAUGAGGACGAUGAGACGGAGGAGCAGGAGGAGCAGGAGGAGGAGGAGGAGAAGGAGGAGGUGGCAGCAUCAGCAGCUGAUAAAGAUGCUGCAGUAGCUGCAACUACAACUGAAGUAAAACCAACUGUGGAUGCCACAGAUCUAAGUGUUUGGGGCAUGGUGCGUUCACUUUGGAGCUGGCUGCGCUCAGAUCUCAGUGAAAGUCUCUUCGGCGAUGACGAUGACGACGAAAAGCCGGCCAAAGUGGAGGGUCGCACAUUUGGCAAGAUUCGACGCCUGCAAAUGGCGCUGGUGCCCAUAAUCUUCAAGUUUGGCGUGCUCUCAGCCAUGGUUGCCUUCCUGGUGGCCAUUGGCAUGAAAUCGCUGUUCCUGCUCAAGGUGCUGGUCGUCAUGAAUGCCCUCGCUAUUCUCGGCAAAUUCUUGACGCUGAAGACGAGCCUAUUCGGGCAAUAUGAGCAUACGGCGCCGAGUUUCAGUUAUCCCGGCUGGAAUCCGCACUCGAAGGAGUCGUGGGGUGCCACAGGGCUGAGCAAUUCGGGCGGACCUGGACCCCAUCCACCUACCAAGGAGAUUCAUUUGCACAUCCAUGGCAAUGCUCAGACCCAGGCACAGCUGGCGGGUCAGAGCUACAACUAUGAGUCGCAGGGUGGUUGGGCCAGUCGCUCGGAUCCCUAUGGUGCCUAUAGUCAGCAAUCAGAACAAUACACCGCCGAGUUGCCCAACAUUACGGAUCCCAUGUCGUUGCUGCCCACAAAGUAUCCGGCACGGACUUUAAUACUCUGAGCGGAUUUGUUCUUCUUUUGGCUAACCACCACCGAGCACGAUUUUAGUCAGCGACUUUUCGGGGGAGCAGCUUUAUGGAACUAGUUGAAAUAGUUUAGUUAAUUUAAAUUAUUGGUAGCCAGUAACUAAUUUAUUAUGAAAUUAAAAUUAAUAACAAACUAGAAGAAGCAACUCGAUUCAACUAAAAUGGAAUUAGUUGUAAUAGUUUAGUUAAUUAAUUUAUUGAUA